CGCAUGUCGAACGGAAAGCGAAAGCGAAGUCGAGACGACCCGACUUCUGAUGAGCGACGGAAGAAGUCCGCAACUGAUGCGAAGAAGAAACAGCACAAAUCAUACAUGAAGGACUUCAAGAAAUGGUCCAAGACGUCGUCCACGACAGGUGCGACUGCAGCCGCCGCCGAGUGGUUGACCGAGGACGAAGCCACAUUGCGGGAGAAGCAUCAAUUCCUUCGCAACGACGACGCGGAUGCUGUCGACGGAGCAAAGGACUGGAAAGUACGCAUGGCAGUGCGGUACUACCAGAAGCUCUUUAAGGAGUACGCGUUGGCCGAUUUCAGUCGAUACACCGAUGGCAAAGUCGGGCUGCGAUGGCGGACGGAGCGCGAAGUGAUCGAUGGCAAGGGGCAGUUUGUGUGUGGCAACAAAGCAUGCGACGCCAGCGAGGGCCUUGAGAGCUACGAAGUGCUCUUUGCAUACGUUGAACAUGGCGAGAAGAAGCAAUGCCUCGUGAAGCUUCGCGUGUGUCGCGCAUGUGCCCUCAAGCUGUUCCACCGCAAAAUCCUCGAGAUUCAAUCGCGGCACCGCCACGACAAAGUUGCCGCCCACGUCGAUGUCCAGAACAUGCUGCAAGGCAAACAAGUGGACGAUGACGACGACGACGGCCACGAUGACGAUGGUGACGACAAUGCUCGUGGUGACGACAAUGCUCGUGGUGACAAUGCUAAAGUCUAA